AUGGCUACAUCUACUUUCAAUUCCAAAUCGCCUACCAUCAGGCGCAUAUUAAAAGAAGCAGCUGAGCUCUCCACCUCCCCUUCUCCAGACUACACAGCAGCACCCCUCGAAUCCGAUCUCUUCGAAUGGCACUUCACGCUACGAGGCCCGCCGAAAUCCGCCUUCGCCGAGGGGAUAUACCACGGACGGAUCGUGCUUCCACCGGCGUACCCGCACCGCCCGCCAUCGUUCCGGUUUACGACGCCGAGCGGCCGCUUCGAAGCCAACCGGGAGAUCUGCCUGAGCAUCUCGGGGCACCACGAGGAGUCGUGGCAGCCGGCGUGGGGGGUGCGCACGGCGCUAGUUGCGUUGCGUACCUUCAUGGAGACGGACGCGCGCGGCCAGCUCGGCGGCCUCGAUACCAACGACGCCGUGCGCCGCAAGCUCGCCGUCGAGAGCCGCGCCUGGCGCUGUCCCGUGUGCGCUAGGACCAAUGCCGAGAUCAUCGCCGAGUGCGAGCAGCGGUGCGCCGAGGCCGAGGCCGAAAACGAUGGCAAGAGGAAGGAGGAGAUUGAAAUCCCGGCCGAGCUGAAGAUGGGCUUCCGCGACGAGAUGGAGAAGGCGAGGGCUGCGGCUAAUAGCGAGGGCGAGAAGGAAGAUGCGGAGAGCGCGGAGUUGGCGGAGGGCUUUGUGCAGACUGUGCCGAGGAGGGAAGAUCCGCCGCCUGCUCUUAGACCUGCACAGGGGGUUCCGACACCCACGAGAACGAUACCAUUGCCAGCAGCUGUAGGGCAGUCUGCAUCGCUGCAGACUUCAAGAAGGGUAGAUCCGAACGCGGGAGUACCGCCGUGGGUCGACUACGCCAUUGUAUCAUUGGUAGUGAUAUUGAUUGCGAUGUUGACGAAGAUCAUUAUAGGUCAUUAG